ACCAUGUCCGUGGAGCUCGAGGAGGCCCUGCCGCUGACGACUGCCGAGGGGGCGGCGAAGCGGGCGGCCAAGGCCGGCGGCUCGGCGGCGCUGUCCCCGUCCAAGAAAAGGAAGAACAGCAAGAAGAAAAACCAGCCGGGCAAGUACAGCCAGCUGGUGGUGGAGACCAUUCGGAGGCUGGGCGAGCGCAACGGCUCCUCGCUGGCUAAGAUCUACGCCGAGGCCAAGAAGGUGGCGUGGUUCGACCAGCAGAACGGGCGCACCUACCUCAAGUACUCCAUCAAGGCGCUGGUGCAGAACGACACGCUCCUGCAGGUGAAGGGCACCGGCGCCAACGGCUCCUUCAAGCUCAACCGGAAGAAGCUGGAGGGCGGCGGGGAGCGGCGCGGGUCGGCCGCGGCCACCACCGCCCCGGCGCCCGCCGCCGCGCACAAGGCCAAGAAGCCGGCGCCGGGCGCGCGGCGCGCGGACAAGAAGCCCGCCAAGAGCCAGAAGGCGGAGAAGCGCUCGCACAAGAAGGGCGCAGCCUCCAAGAAGGACAAGGGCGGCAAGGCCAAGAAGGCGGUGCCCGCGGGGGGCAAGAAGGUGAAGAAGGCGGCAAAGCCCAGCGUCCCCAAAGUGCCCAAGGGCCGCAAGUGAGCGCCCCGCCUCGGCUCGCGUGAUCUCUGGUUUUUCUACCCUGAGUGUGCGUAGGUUUCGUACAGUGUCUCCGGCCUGGGCCGCUGCGCCUGCUCCGGGCCGCAGAGAUGGGCCCCGGGUCCCCUCCAGCCCUUCUCCGUCCCUCCCCUCCCCCAGCCCUGUAGCGUUUUUUGUUGUUGUUUGCUUUAGAUUUUUGAAACAGCCCUGUUGACGACCCUAUUGGCUCUCGCCUGUGGCAACGGCCGUCGCCAUGGUUACCGGCCCCUAGGCGCCAAUGGCCGAGACCGCGGCUGCCGGGCCUGGCGGGGGCAGUUGGAUGACCGGGACCAGGCGCGGCGGCCGCGCAGCCGGGCCCAGCUCCCCACCCUUCCUGCCUUAGGGAGAGCGACAAACAAUCCCUCGGGGCUCAGGGCCGCGCGGCGCUUCCCUUCGUCCUGUUACUGGCCUUUUUUAGGGCAAAAUAAAUUCUUUGAACCUUUAA